CGUUACUGCGUUAGUCAACAACGUAACGUUAACGGAGUGGAAACAGCCGUUCUUUGCCAUUAAUAUGAGUGUGUAUUAUUUCUUUCUUUGUUCUUUAGUGGAGCUCGAGAUCCUGUUUACUGUGGACUAGCUGUGUGUGACGCCAUGUUGUUUUUGUUUACAUAAAAAAAAAAAGCUCCACCGUCUCGCCGAGUGCCAGCAAGAGUCAUGAGUACUUGUCAACUCGACUCCUCAACUGAAGAUAACUUUCUAGCACCUCACCAUGGGGAAGGAUGUAUUCGUAUGCCUUCGCCAGCACAUGCAUUAAACAUGCAGAGAGUUACACAAGUUCUUACCACCUUGGGGCACCAUGCAGGGUGCCUUUUCAUCUGAUUAAAUUCAUAAUGAACAGGGACAUUGCGGUUGUCCCAAGUGGAUGGUAUGAUGAUAGGAUGGUUUUCUGGCCCAGCUAUAAAAACACCGACAGAAUUGAAAGGGCCGCUUUAAAUGAGGAGCAGCAUGAGCCAAACUGGCCAAGAUUUGACGUUUCUGUUGUCCGAACUUGUGACAACUACAAAGACGCAUUAAAAAUAAUGCAACAAUAUGGAAAGGGCUGCAACACCUCAGACCUGCAAUCUGAGGCAGAGAACGAGGAGCUGCCAGAAAAAAGGAACAGGAAGCCAGUCCAUCGUCUCGGGGACUCAGAUGAUAGCGAAGAAGACCGGGGAAAUAGUGACCUCACAUCUCUGGGGUUGGCAAGCCAAUUGCACAGGCAGACUCCACCGUCUCGCCGAGUGCCAGCAAGAGUCAUGAGUACUUGUCAACUCGACUCCUCAACUGGAGAUAACUUUCUAGCACCUCACCAUGGGGAAGGACGCAUUCAUAUGCCUUCACCAGCACCUGCAUUAAACAUGCAGAGAGUUACACAAGUAGGAACGGCAGUCCCUCCUCGACUCCCUCCACCCCCCUCACCAGCAGCCCUCAACAUGUGGCAGACAGAGGAGCCUGGAUCCAGCCUGGCCUACAGGCCAACAUGGCGAGGGGGAAGAAUGGCCGACAACAUUUCCUGCUCUGUGCCUGAGGUAAUCCACAUCCUUAGCCUGCUGGAAACUAUUAAACACAACCAAGACCAGCUGAUUGCGAAGGUGCUGUGAGUAAAAAUGUGUUGACAAGGUCAGCCACGGACGCUGAGGUCACCAAACACGCCAUCAGGUGGUUCAACUUGGCGGGGGAUCGGGCAACGAGGAGACGAGUCCCGCUGCCACCUCCUCAGGAGGAAU